UCUAGAAAUUUUUAAGGGAAGUAAGAUGUUUUGAUGGAACGUGAAGAAUCGUAGAAAGAGGGAGAGAAGAAGUUGAGUGUCCUAUAAAGCGUGAAUCAAAUCCGCUUUAACCAUCUUUCUCUCUCGUCUCGGAGGAUCUAAAACCUGCAUUUGAUUUGAUUUCACGCGGACGGAGUCAUCUGGAUCUGAAUCAGGUUUGACUAAGAGAUGGCGGCGGAGAACGAGCAGCAGCGAAAGUCUUCAGCGGUCUCCGACAUGGGAGCUUGGGCGAUGAAUGUGAUCAGCUCGGUUGGGAUCAUCAUGGCCAAUAAGCAGCUCAUGUCUUCCUCUGGUUUCUCCUUCAGCUUCGCAACGACUCUCACCGGAUUCCACUUCGCUCUAACCGCAUUGGUCGGUUUCGUCUCAAACGCGACGGGACUCUCCGCAUCCAAACACGUCCCUCUCUGGGAGCUCAUUUGGUUCUCCAUCGUCGCUAACGUCUCCAUAGCCGCCAUGAAUUUCAGCCUCAUGCUCAACUCCGUCGGCUUCUACCAGAUCUCGAAGCUGAGCAUGAUCCCUGUCGUCUGCGUCAUGGAAUGGAUCCUCCACAGCAAACGGUACUCCAGAGAAGUGAAAGUAUCCGUUGUGGUUGUCGUUGUAGGCGUUGGGAUUUGCACUGUCACUGAUGUCAAAGUUAACGCCAAAGGCUUCAUUUGCGCGUGUGUCGCCAUUUUCUCCUCUUCUUUGCAGCAGAUUUUAAUAGGUUCCUUGCAGAAGAAAUAUUCGAUUGGAUCUUUCGAGUUGUUGAGUAAAACAGCGCCGAUCCAAGCUCUUUCGCUUCUCGUUGCUGGUCCUUUUGUUGAUUAUCUCCUCAGCGGCAAGUUCAUCUUGAACUACAAUAUGUCUUCUGGCUGCUUUGUUUUCAUCCUUCUCUCAUGUGCCUUAGCGGUGUUCUGCAACAUAAGCCAGUACCUUUGCAUCGGGCGAUUUUCAGCAGUAUCGUUCCAGGUUAUAGGUCACAUGAAGACUGUGUGUAUCUUGACACUGGGGUGGCUCCUGUUUGAUUCUGCAAUGACUUUCAAAAACGUGUCCGGCAUGUUCGUUGCGAUUGUUGGGAUGGUGAUCUAUAGCUGGGCCAUGGAGUUGGAGAAACGGUCUAAUCUUGCAGCAAAGGCUUUGAACAGUGUGAAACACAGCUUGACUGAAGAAGAGUUUCAACUUUUGAAGGAAGGUGUAGAAACUACAGAGUCCAAAGAUGUUGAACUUGGCGGCUACACAAAAGCUUAGUAAGAGAUGGAUAGUAAAACAUAGUUUUUUGGUACACUUUCUUCCGUGUUAAAGUUGUAUUGUUUUGUGUUAUUUAAACCAAAGGGUGGUGGUCGAAUAAAAGCAAAGAUCAAAUCCUCCCAUAAAGGAUCAUAGGAGAUUAGUUCUACGCUUCGAGCCUAUGGCCCUUUCUUAUAAAAAAAUGUUUUGUGUUAUUUAUAUAUAUUUACCCAAUUCCAUGGAAA